UCAGUCAUAUACCAUGCUAAUAUCAGAAUCCUUGGUGCUAGUAUGCACCACUCUUCUUUCUAGUGACGGCCUUUCUCAUAGAUUUUGAAUCAUAUUAGCUCGUUGUCACCGUAGCGAAUUAACUCUAUUUUAUUCUCCUAUGUAGUUUUUGCCAGGCCCAGGUGGCACUUCCCGAAUAUAUAUAUUUAGGGGAAAUUGUAAGGAACAUUUUCCAGAACUUCCCCCGCAACCAUGUCUACUAUCCCAACGACUGAAAUCCUCAUCUUUGACACAUCAGAGAAGUUUCGUAAUGAUGUCUCAAUGUUACGCCCUGCAUUCGACAUAGUUUUAAAGGCUGACGGUGCUCACAAGCCCGCCUACUCUGGGAUACAGAUCGAGAACCCAUCUACAGGGUAUGUCUUCCUCAACUGGGAUAGCCUAGCUCACCAUCAUGCGUUCAUGGCUUCCCCAUCGUACGGUCCUCUUGGGGACGUUCUGAAACCCGCCCUUGGAUCUGAGUUAAAUAUGUAUCACGUCAUUUUCAACGACCGUUCCAUCGCGUUAGAGCAGCCUGUCACAGAGGUCCUCGUUAUCACGCUCAAAGAUCCCAGCCAUCGCGCAGAGGUGUUCGACAUCCUCGGUAAGAUCUCGGACUCGACCAAGAAGAUGCUUGUGUUUGGAUCUACUCUGGAGGACGAGAAUAGGAUUAUUCUCGUCGGCGGGUGGUCGAGCGUGGAGGCUCAUUGGAAGAUGGUUGCUCAUCCUGAGCCGAAAGCAGCGAUCGAACGAUUAUUCGCUCUUGCGAACAAGGAUCAUUUGUUCCAUGUCGCCUUGAACUCAUACGCAGGAAACUAGUGGUCGGAUGUUACAGUUAAUUGAGGUUGAAACCAAGCGUCUGUACGUUAUAAACUUCUGUCCUGAGGCAAAUAUUAACACGGCUAAACCCGUGUGUCGAAGCCGCAUCCGCACCCGUACACCCAAGGGUACAAACGGGGUUACGAGUAUGGGCGGGUAGUAACGGGUAUGGUAGUAGACCCGUGUGUAUGAAUUCAGACCAGACUACAAGACAUGUAUGAGUAACUACGAAGGGUUACAGUCACUCACAUGAGACAGCGUGCCAUUGUGAUUGUCGCAAUCAUGCAAAACGGCAACCUUCAGCGGCGGAUACUGCGUACGGCGGGAAAGGAUAGUGAGGAGCAGAGAAUGGUUGAUCUCCACGAUCUUCGAUCGAGUAACUCAUCCCUUUGAAAACAGCAAAAAGACACCAUGAGGGCGUGAAAAAUAGAUGGUGGAACAUCCAAGAGAUAUCAGGUGGC